AUGUGUACUCAUGGGCAGGCUACCGCAAAAGGUUUGUCAGUUCCUCCACUGGGACCAAAAGAAGCCACAGCAAAUAAACGGGAAUUCACAGAGGAGCAACUCAAAGAGGGACAGAAUGUCAUAGGCAUUCAAAUGGGAACCAACAAGUUAGCUUCGCAAGCUGGUGAUCACUUUGGCCGCCCAAGGCAGGUGGCUGGAGUAGAUGCCUACAAAUAAACAUCUGCGAAGGUCGUCGCCAAUUGACGGCACAUGACGAUCGAAAACAUACUUAUUAUUUUUGGUUGGAAUGAUAUUUUUUAAUCACUUUUUGAUCACUGACAGAGAGUAGUUCCAUUAGGUUGACCAUAAAUUUUCACCCUAAUUUUCACUCUAUCAAUUCAACACUGAUGAACACUGGUUUGUGCAUUUCUUGUUUUAAUCUUAGUAGGUGAUUUAAAAAUGCAAGUUUUUAGUUAAGUACAAGUGAAAAUAAAUUCAAACAAAUAUUAAGCAUAAACGUUAGAAAGUUAAGCUAAUUAGGAUGGGCAUUUGAAGUUAAAAUAAUCCCUGAUUAUAAUUUUGAAAGGUUUCUUGAUAAGGUCCCAGAACAAACUUUUUUCAAAGACUCAGUGAGAGUUUUUGCUAACGUUAUUAGCAGAUCAGUUUGUGCCUGUACUGUUCAAUGUUAAAAGAGAUCUUAGUGAAAUUGAAUACUUAUAAUAUAGUACAACCUUCGAAAAUGUCAGUAAUAAGAGUUUCAUUGCAAUGAUACUUCAUUUGAUCGGUUAUAUGUUAAUGUUGACUAUUGACAUUGUUAUGCAUGAGUUAAAAUAGAUAAAUUUAAUAACAUAUUUGUUAGUAAUGCUUUUGAAUUGUCAUUCAGUCGGUUUUGCUGGUUUUUGCAGGAAGGCAUUUAGUUAGCUAUGUUGUUAACACAGUAUUUGAAUACUAAUGCAUGCCACUUUUUUAUUAACUUAUUAAAGCAUUGUUACUAGUAAUCUUUAUACUUACAGUUCAUCAAGUGCAAUAAAGUGGGACAUACAUAUACUGGUGUAUUUGUAUGAUCAUUCUUUCUAAAAUAAGAAAAAAAAUGAAAAGCAGUGAAAAGACUGGAGGGUUUUGUUUGAGCUUGAGUUGUGAAAAGUGCAUGCUUGUGUUUAAUUUUGUUAAAGAUACAUUAAGCUGCUCCAAGUUUUACAUACUCAUUACCUGAAAAGUGGUGAAUAAUCAAAUUCUCAUUGUACACCAAGCUGAAGUUUUUCAUCUGCUUAUCCUGACUAUUGCGGUAUGGUCAUCCUCAUAAUGUCACGACAUGAUCAACACUGAUGACUCAGUCAUUUUAAGGUAAGUCAUUCUUUUCAUUUCAUUUCAUUUCACUUACUGGCAGGUAUUUCUGCCUAAUAACAUAUCCAACUAGAAACAGCAUUUAGGUUUUGUCACACUGAUUGUUUAAGGAUUUCAUUGCACACCAAAUUAUGACAUAAUAAAAUGACAUAUAUUACACAUUCAAUUUCCGAUGUUUUGAAACUAUUCAGUUUGGUUUUAUAUCACAUAUGUUAACAACUUGGCUUCUGUGAUAUGGUGGAACCAUCAGUAGCUAUACACUUAAGUAAUGCAAGCCUUUUAAGAGGCUUGUAUCAACUACGAAGUCUUAAUUUAGACAAGCCAAAAGUGUAUAGAGCAGAAGUUCCAAUGAUACCACAAACUGCCACUUAUACUGCACUCUUUGCUUAUACAUCUUUGUAAGGGGUUGUAGGAGGGCUUAUAAAUAGAGGGGCUCAUAUCUGAGGGGGGCUAUAAGAGGAAUAGAAAGAGCUCUUUCAAACAAGCUACAGUAGGGCUGAUCAAAGUACCUUUUGCAUUUAGUCGUUUUUAAUUAAGCCUCAAAACGUCAAAAUAAAUUGAAUUUAUAUCAAUACAUUUGGAGGGGGCUUACAGCUGGCUUAAUUUUUUGUUUAUAGGUAGAUGUAGCCUCCCAUGCAGACAUUGCUUGUAUUUUGUCCCUUCCUACAGAGGGAGGGAUGAAAUAUGAGCUCCCCUAAAAACAAAUGCAUGGGAGGCUAAGGUAGACGGUUCGGAUCUUGUUUACUGUGGGUAAUGUCGAUUGACAUAUCGGUCGACAUAGCGGUCGAUAUAGCGGUCGACAGUCGGUCGAUAUAGCGGUCGACAGUCGGUCGAUAUAGCGGUCGACAGUCGGUCGAUAGUCGGUCGACAGUCGGUCGAUAGUCCGUCGAUAGUCGGUCGAUGGUCGGUCGAUGGUCGGUCGAUAGUCGGUCGAUAGUGAGAUAGACUAUCGGCCGAGUAUCGGUCGAUAUUUCGUCGACGCAUCUCGACUUACUAUCGGUCAUAUGUCGGUGAUAUAUCGGUCAACUGUCGGUGAUAUAUCGGUCAACUGUCGGUGGUAUAUCAGUCAACUGUCGGUGGUAUAUCGGUCAACUGUCGGUGGUAUAUCGGUCAACUGUCGUUCGAAUAUUAGUCGGAUGUUAAUUUAUCAGGUCAGUCCAAUGGCUUUUUUUUUAAGCAAAGACGUCAUUAAUUACUGUUAUCAUGCGAUGAGGGACAUGUGGCAGUGCAAGGCGCGAUUACGCUAUGAAGAGAACCGAAGAGCACUGGGAACUAAGGACAUGAUAACCUUUUUUUUUCCAGUUUGUAUCAUCACCGAUCGUCUGAGUUUUAGCUGUUAAACAGAACCUGUCUCAGCCUAAGUUGAAUCUGCUGCUCCUGUGGUCCCGCAAAAAUGUAGGAAAAUGUAGGAAAUGCUAAGUGUCGACCGACCAUCGACCGAGUGUCGACCAAUUACUGACCGACACAUCGGUCAAGUAUCGACCAACUAUCGACCAAGAAUCGGCGAAGUGUCGGCGAAAUGUCGGCGAAAUGUCGGCGAAAAGUCGGCGAAGUGUCGGUGAACGAAAAGCUAUAUCGGCCGAGACACAUCUGGAACGACUAUCGGCCAUGUCUCGACCGAGUGUCAACCCACUAUCGACCAACUAUCGACCGACUAUCGACCGCUAUAUCGACCGACUGUCGACCGAGUGUCGACCGACUAUCGACCGAGUGUCGACCGACUAUCGACCGAGUGUCGACCGCCAUAUCGACCGCUAUAUCGACCGAUAUCUCGGUCGACAUUACCCACAGUAAACAAGAUCCGACGGUUCAAUAACCAGGGGUGCUUAUAAGUGGGGGAGCUUAUUAGCGGCAGUUUAUGGUAAUUACAUAGCUUAGAUUUUCAUUUAAUUGAUUGUAACUCCUUUUUUUUCAGGCUGGUGCCAAAGGCUUGCAGGUCCCUUGUCUUGGACCCAAAGAAAGCUGAUGCUAAUAAGCGUGAAUUUACUGAUGAACAACUCAAGGAGGGUCAAAACAUUAUAGGCCUGCAGAUGGGAAGCAAUAAAGGAGCAUCGCAGUCUGGAGAUCAUUUUGGUCAUCCCAGGCAAAUCGCUGGUGAUAAAGCUUACAGCUAA